GGAGUUUGCGCCGGCGCCAUUUUGUUUCGCUCCGUCUCUCUCUCGCUCCCUUUCCCCUCACGCGCGCGCGCGCGACCUCGGAUCAGUUCCGUUCUCCUUGAAGCCCUUCGCCCCCUUGUCAUUACCGUAACGAGAUUCGGACUGAUCGGACUGGUUUUUGUUUUGUAAUAUAUAUCUUAAAUGUAAGUACCAAGCAAGUAUGUGAGCAGGGAAAAUGGAAACGGCCGGGGGAUAAGAGGACUGGGAUGACGCCUCAGGCGCCCGGCCGGCCCAGAGCCCCGUUUGCGAGGUUGGCGCCGCGGCAGCCGCCACGGAGGGCGGGCCCCGACGGCACAGCGUGCCUCGCUUCGAGAAGGGCGGCGCCGUCAGCCAAUAGGGGUGCGGCGGCGGGGCCGGCGAGCCAAUAAGCGGGCGGCCGUGGCGUGUGUGAGUGUGUGCGCGCGCUACGGCUGCUUUCGGCUCUUUUCUCUCGCACUCCUUAGCGACGGAUACGGCGGAGUUAGUGCGCUGCGCGGUAAGGAGCCGAGGGGGCUUUUUCCCCCCUCAGAGAUUUGCCGUUUGCGCCCGUGGCGGUGGCGGGGUGUGUGUUUCAAAAUAUUUCCUUAUGCUGGGUCUCCGCCGCGUCGGGCCUAGGAGGUUUUCGGGGCGCUUGUGCCUGAGGGGCGGGUGAGCCUGUGGGGGAGGGGCGACAGGCGGCCCCGCUAAUGGCGGCGAAGGGGGGGGGAGGCCGUUUCGGCCGUUGCGCUACGUGGCGCCGCCCGCUCAGCGCCACGGCGUCCGCAGCCGCCCGGGGAAAGGGAGGCGGCGCGAGGAAACAAAGCUCCCCGGGUUUUGCAGCGGCGGCGGCUGCUGCAGAAAUCAUGGCGGCCGCGAUGGGUGGAGAGGCGGCGGGAGGCGUUUCCUUCCCCUGGCGGAGCCCAGCAGCCCCGGCGCUCCCUGUAGGCUUUUCCCGCUUGAACGAAGCGAGGCGGCGCCGGGCCUCUUUUGUGUGUCUUCCCUGUCGGGCGGGUGGGCCCUUCGCUCGGGGCCGCCGCCGCGUGGCGUUACUCCUUCCGCUCCCGGCUCCUCCUCGCAGCUCGUGGUCGCCAUUACAGCCGAAGCUGCUCUUGAGAGCCGCCAUUUUUAGUCGCGUUGCUCUCCAGUAAAGGCAGAUCAAGCUUAUGCAACUAGAGGGAAUCUUCCUUCGCUCCCCGCGCGACCCGUUUAUUGCGGGUUUGUUAGCUUUAUUUUGACGGGUUGUUGCGGUUAAAUUGGGCCCUCCUGAAGCCUCGAGGUCCCUAACGGAAGUACUUGAGUGUCUUGUGCUGUGGGCCGCCUUGUCCGCAGCGCGACGGGGAGGAGAACGGGGCAAUCCUUUUUGUUGAAAGCUGUUUAUGAGGGGUUUGUGACACCUUCCACCACCCCCUGCUUUCCACCUAGAGCCAGUGUUCAUAGAUCGUGUUCUUGCUUGGUACUGCCUACCUGGUACAAUAGCUCCUUCCCUCUUGCUAACACCGUUAAAUCGCUUUAAUUGAACUCUACGUUAUGGUAGAUCCCGAAAUCCGUUUGUAUAUUGCGAUUGUAUGUGUUGGGGUUUAUCUUGUUUUCCUCAAAUCAAAUGACUUGCACCAAACACAAAGAUGAAAUAGUAAACCAAGGUGCAGUGGUAGUGAGGGGUUUUUUGUUUGUUUGUUUCGUUUUUUAAAGCAAUAGCCAAUUUAUGGAAGUAAAGCCACUUCUUCCCAACGAUCGCAACUAUUUUCUGCAGUUUAUCACACUUUGCAAUUAUUCAUCAGUUGCAGUGCCAUGAAAAUGAAUUCAGUUUCUUUCACUUUGGUAUAGGAGUCCCUGGCUUAUAUUGAGCUGUAUUCUCUGUUGCGUUGCUUUAAGAAGAAAUAACACCUUUCAAAAAAUUCGAUAAAGGGCAUGUUUUUCAUGUGAAAAUAAGUUCUGAAGUUUUCUAGGAUAGAAGUUGCAACUAGCAAAAAAUUUGAAGGUGGCAUUAAUUAGCUGAGAAAACUAAUCAGAUCUGAGAAAUCAUUCAGAGGAAUUGCUUUAGUUCCUGAAACUGAGAGAACUUGGCUUCGGUAAGAAAAGUGAACGGGCAUUAGUGUGUUUUCCUGUAAAACUAGAGUGAAGUCAAGAUUUUGCAUGAGAUGCAAUUCAUGACUGGGCUGCAAAUAAAGAUAUUUGAUAUAGUAUGUACUCUUAAACAAUUCUUCAGAGAGAUUAACUUAGGAGAAAAGAGGCAUUGUUGGACAGACAUUUGAUAUGUUUAAAUUUUUUUUCUGUAUUCUGGAAUACUGAACUGUAAAAUAAUGAACAAGACCAAAAUGGCUGUAUGUUGCUUUUCAUAGGCUGGCUGAUCUUUGAUCCCGCCCAGAACGUUUAAGGUUUGCUUGGCGAAGCUAUAUAAUAUUGGUAAGUGCUGGAAACCAAAUGUCACUUCAUUUCUUUAGCAAGCUGCAGAGUUGGCUGCUCUCUUCUAAGCACUUAUGGGGUUUUAUUUAUUUUUAUUUGACAGGUUGUAUCUGCGAGGCUAAAAAUAAUGGAGACUGAACAGCAAGAAGAGACCUUCACUAAUACAGAAACUAAUGGUAAGCUAUCUUGUAUGUAAUCAGAAAUUACAGCUCUUAUAUGUGAAAGUAGUAACUGUAUGGAAUAUCUGUCAAGGGUUCAGAAUUUAUAAAUGCCAGGUCCAGGCGUGAAUAAAAAUCUCGUUUACAAUCUGCACUGCAGCCACCGUAGACAAUGGAUGUUGGUUUAAUAAAAACCUAAAUUAAAUGCUGCAACCAGGUCCUAUUCAUUGGUCAUUUUAACAUGUGGAUCGCUCAGAUUUCUGAAGGCAUUUGAAUCGCCUGAGGGUUUUGAUUUCCAAAUGUUGUAUGGGCUGAAUACAUUUCCAGUGUAGAUACUUAAAAUUAUUACAUAAAUGAUGAAAAAAACCUUGGUGUACUUAAAAUGGUAACCAUAGUGAGUUAUUUUACAUUCCAUAAUUGAUAAUCCCAAUAUAAGCAUUUUGAUGGGUUAGAUGCUAAUUGGUAUUGUUACUGUUAAUGUGACUAAAAAGCGUAACUUCACAAACAUACAGACUUAUAGUUGGGUUUUUUAGAGCUUUCAGUAGAAACGGAAAAUAAGGUCGCUUUGUUGUCUCUUCUAUUGCACUUACUGUCUGGCUGUUCAUUAAAGCUAAAAAUAGUACUGAACAAUAUGGAUUUGCCAAGCUUACUUUUAUUAAUGCUGUUAGGAUAGUAAUUGUUUAUACCUAAUUCACCUCGGCUUAAACUUUGAAAUCCCCACAUUUAAAAGACUCCUUAUUCCAUUUAAUAAAAUGACUUGUGCCCUACAGCUUGUAGAAGCUAAAAAUUUGGAUUGUUAAUCCUCUGUUUUCUAAAAUAUUAGGCAAACGUCCAGCUGAAGAUAUUGAAGAGGAACAGGCCUUCAAAAGAUCAAGGAACACGGAUGAGAUGGUGGAACUACGCAUUCUGCUUCAGAGCAAAGUAUGUUCUGUUUCAUAAUUGCAAAAAAAGUUAAUGAGUAUGUGGUAUUUUGUUGUAAUAAUUUUACUAUCCACAGUUGAGGAUGAAUAGUGUUCAGAAUAAAGAGAAUACCUGAUAAUCAGUUUAAGCAUACCAGGGGUUAUAUCACAGAACUCUUAACAGAUUUCUGUUUGGAGAAACAGCAAAAUGUUUCUGCCAUGUGAGACAAUAAACCUGAUUUUAAGAAGGACCUGACAUUUUUUAAAGAAAAGAUUAAGCUGUAUGACAUAUCUGCUUUUCUGAAUUUUGAGGAACGGCAGCUCAUUUGUAGGGUUGAAAGCUGGUUCCUAGUUAAGCAUUACAAUAUUCUGUCAUAACUUGUACCGUAUUAAAACAUAUCAUUAGUAUUUAAAUUUGAGCAAAUCUGCAUUAAUUGUUUGAAUUUAUUUUUUAUCAGGAAACCAAAGGCAAGUCUCUUAUGUUUGCUAUAAUAAAGCUCUGUGUUUAGGUUGGAUUUAUUUGCCUUACCCACUUUUAAAAAUCUAUCUGAGAGGUUUACUAAAAGGAGUGUUAGUGUCAGCUUCCAUGUCCAAUCACAGCCUUAUUAUCAUAAUUGUAUUUGUGAAAAUCAAUUUCAAUAUUGACUUUUUUUUUUUUAUAGAAUGCUGGAGCAGUGAUUGGCAAAGGUGGCAAAAACAUUAAGGCACUUCGUACAGACGUGAGUAUUUACAAGUUAAACACUAAUAAUUUUGCAUAGCUAUUGUGAAAAUUUUAUAUAGGUGUCUAGUACAAGCCACUUGUAUAGAUUUUUAAAAAAAUCUUAAGUGUCAGGAUAUUCCAUUCAUAUAAUUAAAACACAGAAUAAUUCAUAUGGAAAAAUUCCUGUCCCUUAUUUUACAAAGCAUUAAACUAAACUGUAUUUCAUUGCUUUGGCUUGCAAUACCAGAGAGCUUAAGCUUCCAAUUAAAAUAAUUCAAACCUGGAUGGCCAUUCUUUAUCCAGCUAUAGAAUUAACUUUGCUUAAACAGUCUAUCUCUUCAGGAGAGAAGUGUUCAGACUGGCAUGAUACUAUGUACAGAACCGUUUAGCUGCAUUUAAUCUGGAAUGAAUUUUUCAUGAACAUCACAGUAAAUAUACCUACCUUUUUAUAGUGGGUUGACUCCUGUGAAUAGACACUUUCAGUAUUAAGUCUCAAUAGUUAAACACUAUGCUUUGUAAAAAGCAAUUUUUUAUAUUGUGCAUAGUCUUCAGUUUUUGAAAGUAUGAUAUUGGUAUUUAAUGAAAUAUUUGGCACGAUAUCAUUUCACAUUGUGUUUGAUAUUUUCAUUAUAUUGUAAAACGCCUGCAGAAUGUUAUAACUGUCAACUUUGGUUACUAGAUCUGAGGUAUAAGAAUGAACUUGGGUAGUAAUCACAUGUGCAUUAACUGACCUUUCUGAAGCUAGUGUACUUAAAAAUUCACCUGCCUAAAUCUAGAUUCCAUACAUAUAAUUCAUGGAUUAGUGGCUUUCCCAAUUUUCCCAGGAUUUCAGUAAUCUGAAUCUCUACAGAUUUUGUGUCUACCCUCACGAGCCAGCCUGCUACUGCAACUUCUAAUGUUAAAAGUAGUUUAGGCCAAGUAACUCAUUUUUACGGUCCAUAACUGUUAAGCCACAGUCAAUGUAGCUAUCCGUUAUUGUGUUAGUCUUCAGAACAACUUAAGCUUGUUUCAUUGAGAGUAAUGAGUAUAGUUUGUAUUAAAUUUAAAUUUAUUGCUUUUCCCCCUCUUCCCUCUCCUUGUUUUUUUGGCCAUAUAUCUCUCCGUUGCCCAUGUACUGGAUCGACAUGCCCCUGCGUUGCCCACCAUGACGUUGGCCCAUCCGCCCCUGAACGCCCAUGUGAAAACCCUGGUUGGCUAUGCCCAAAAAUGUGCUCGUUGCCAAACGGGUGCCUUACUUGACAACUUCUGAUUGAAUGCCCAUGCCCAAUGCCAACAUCCACGAACGCCAAUGACCAAUGCAGUACAAUGCCAGUGUUUCAGUCCCAGACAGCAGUGGCCCCGAGCGGUAUGUCCCAACAGUUUAUGCCUCACUGCCUGAUUAGAAAGAGAGAAAUGUAUAUUAUUACCUGCCUUUUAUAUAAUUAAAUAGUAUCCCCUUAGACGGUGUAUUGUUUUUUUUAAGUUUUCUGUCUUAUUUUCCCCAUUAAGUCUUUUUUGUCACUGAACUUUUACGUGAGUUGCCCACCCAACAAUCCACUAAUUUUAUUUCAAUGGAAGGAGCACAGCUUCAAUUGUUGUAUAUUUGCUGCAUUGUAAAUCAGAUUGUUUCAAAAUAGUCUCUCGCUCUGCUCUGUCUUUGUGGUCCACCUUGCUCCCCCAGCAUUGCCUGUUCAUAAUUUUUUCUGAUGAAAUGCUAACUCCUGGUUCACUCUCCUUCACUUCUCAUUUGUGUUGUCUUUUUUGUCUUGCAUUUGUAUUCGUUUUCUUGCAGAGCCCAUUAGUAACCUAAUUUCUAACUGGUCUCAUAACCCUAUUCCAAAUAUAAUGUUCACCACUUGCAUAUUCCCAUGUUUCCUAUGAGAAGGUGUGCCAGUUUAACAAUGUAAUAGUGAGAGUAUCCUAAAUUAGUGGUGGCGGGGAACAUGAGUAUUCACUCCUGCUUUCAGUUCUUCGUUAAUUUCUUGUCCACUUAAUCUGACUCCUUCCAAGAAACUCAUUCUCUUAUCUCCAAAACCUUAUUUUAAACUUGUAUCAUUUAUAUUAUUGGGCAUAAACAAAGGUGCAUGUGCUGUAUCUUCAGUAAAAGGUUUACUUAAGUGGGGAAUAUUAACUCAUAAGUUCAGCUCUGUAAAGUUGACUUAUAACACAUAAAAUUAUGAAUACACAACUUAUUUUACCUUUCCCCCUAUCUUAUUUGUGAUACCUGAUGCUUAAUGCUAUUUGACAGCAUACUGAGUAUAAGUGCAGAUAUCGAAACAAUUGGAGAAAUCUUGAAGAAAAUUAUCCCUACUUUGGAAGAGGUAAGUGUAUUUGGGUGUAUACAUCUGAAUGGUGAGCUUCAAAUGCUCUUGUUUUCUGUCGCUAACUUGCCCUCUAUUUAAAAUACAGGUAUAUGUCCUAAUUGGAGUGUCAGCAAGAGUUAUUUGUGUAUAGCACACCAAAUAAAAUUAAGUUUGAAAUUUUAAUGCACUGAGGCAGGCCAUAGGUCCAUGUAACUCAGUAUUGUUUUGUAUUUUGAUUUUAUUGUGUGAACCGCCUUGUCAUCUCUGGGUAUAGGGUGGUAUAUAUAUUCAGUUAAUAAUAAUAAUAAUAAUAAAUCAUCAUCACCUUGUCUACACUGAUAGCAGCUCUCCAAGGUUUAAGAGGGGACUUUGUCAGCCCUUUCUGAAGAUGCCAAGGCUUGAACCUGGGAGCUUUUUAUAUACAAAUUCUAUCACUGAGCUGUGGCCCCUUAUUUUCUUGGGGUGCGUUAUCAAUAGCAAGGUCACUGUGUGUGGUCAUAGACCUUGAUAGUAGGGGGUGAUUUUAUUUUUCCUAUAUGCUGAAUAUUCCUUGACUUAAAUAAAACCCACUAAGAAUGGUAAUCUCUGGCUGGGAAAGUAUUUUAGGCUGGUCUACUUACAUAUGCACUCCUUCCAGUGAGAUUUUCUACUUGGAACAUUAGGAACCCCCGCCCCCCCCCACUACAAUAUCACAGCUGUGUUUGAAACACCUUUUAGAUUUUUAAAAGCAGCUGGCUGGACUGCAUAAACUUGUGUUAGAGUAAAAUCAGGCCCCUGAACUCUUGGAUAAUGGUACUGCUUUAACAUUUAAAUCGUAAUAUAUAAACUGUUUGGAGAAUGAUGUCUGGAUUUAGUGGGUGAUAGGUACUGGAAGUUGGAAAUCAGAAAAAGUAACAGUAUGGUACUGUACUGGGUAGUAAAUGGGUACUUAUUCAUCUUACUGACUGUUUUUCUUAUUCUUCACCCUGAAUAUGUCUAUAGUAUCAACAUUACAAGGGAAGUGACUUCGACUGUGAGUUAAGACUGUUGAUUCACCAGAGUUUGGCUGGAGGAAUUAUUGGUGUCAAGGGUGCUAAAAUCAAAGAACUCAGAGAGGUAACAUAAUUUUUGUCUUUUGAUAUAAGCAUAGUUACCUUAAAAAUAAUCACUUUCUUGAAGAUGAUGUUCAGUUCAUAGUUGUUACUAGUCAUUAGGUGGCAAGAAUGCCUCAACCUUACUAGAAUUUAUUCAUCUUGUGCUGCUAAAGAAUUAGAAACCCAAAUAUGUGAUUAAUUUACAAACAGAGUUUCCUUUCUGUAAAAGAAAGUGUAGAGAAAGAGAUCAGUUUUAUUCUGGUUUUAACUUUGGUUACUGAAAUUGGUGACAGUUUCUAAUACUUCUGUAUUGUCUGAAGCUGUUUCUCAUUGUACAGCUGAAAUGGCUAGCGCAAAAGGUUUGUGAGUGCCUGAUCCCCUGAUGGAACUUGUACUCCAGAGAUUCUAGAGAAACAAUUUCUUAGCAGUUACUGCAAAGGUGGUGGUUUCCACAUAAUUUGUACACCGUAGUUGGAGGUUCACCAAAAUCUGAGCCUGUGUAGUAGCGUCACUAAGUGUAAAAAUGGAAUACGAAAUCUAUAGAGUGAAAACAUAGCCUAAUAAUUGUCAAGCACUUCACAGUGGUCUUUGUUAAUCACAUUUCACUCCUGGUAUAAGGAACCAACUUGGGCUGCUGACAAAAUAGCUCCUUAGAGAUUCACUCAGUUUCUGGAGUGCAGGCCUCUCUAUAAAUUAGGGUUCCGAGGCUAAAAAGUCUGUCUUUGAUUUGAGCGCUCAUGGGGGAAUACUGGGACAAAUCCAACUACAGUGGUACCUCGGCUUCAGGUUACAGACACUUCAGGCUACAGACUCUGCUAACCCAGAAAUAGUGCCCUGGGUUAAGAAUUUUGCUUCAGGAUGAGAACAGAAAUCAUGUGGUGGCGGCGGGAGGCCCCAUUAGCUAAAGUGGCCCCUCAGGUUAAGAACAGUUUCAGGUUAAGAACGGACCUCCAGAACGAAUUAAGUUCUUAACUCAAGCUACCACCGUAAACAUGACUUGUAUACAACUUACAAAUGUGUUUAAAGUUGAUGAUAAAAGCAAGUAGGACUGCCACAAGUGUGUCUGCACAGUUUUGCUUAGCAGACCUUUUUAUGACUGUUGAAGUGCUUUUGCAGCCUGGUGAUCUUUCACUGGAAAAUUUUGAACCUUUAGACUCAUUGUGAAGACUUUCUUUUAUUCAUUUUAUUAAGAAAGGACAUUGUUUCAUCUACUCUUAGAGGCAAUAGUAAGACCAGUGUUGCAGAAGCUCGCUUGAUCCCCAAUUAAUUAAAUACUUAAAGUCAAACCAUUUGCUAGCUGUGGUGGCUGAGCACUCAAUUAUUUAGACAUUUAAAGACCAGGGUUUGGUGCUGGGACUUCUUUGGCUUCAUCUUCUUUCUGCAUCUUUGUAGGAGAGAAAUUGAAUGUGGCCCUGUUGAGUGUCUUGCACGCUUUGAGGUUAUUGAGAAUAUUAAAAAAUCACCACACUUUAUUUCAACCCUGAGUUAGAGGUUUUUUGCAAGGGUUCCUUCUGUUUUGUUGGGACGUUAAUGUACUUCUCGUCGUUGGCUCUUGUGGACUUCUGCCGGGGUUUGUUCUAACUAAAACUGCUGAAAAAGUUCAUCUUGGAUUUUGGAGCGGAUUCAUGAUGGUCCAGCUCAAUUUAUUCUGAAACAUUUGUGGCAAUAUUCCUUGAAUCACUUAGCAUAAUGUAGCAUGCUAGCAUUACUUUGUAAAUAGUAAUACAGGCGUACCUUGGUUCUUGAACGCCUUGCUGCUUGAACAUUUUGGUUCCCAAAUACUGCAAACCUGGAAGUGAGUGUUCCAGUUUGCAAACCUUUUUUGGAAGCCAAACGUCUGACACAGCUUCUGUGGCUUCCAAUUGAGUGCAGGAAGCUCCUACAGCCGAUCCGAAGCUGCACCUUGGUUUUUGAACAUUUUCGGAAGUCGAAAGGACUUCCUGAACAGAUUCCGUUCAAGAACCAAGAUACGACUAUACUUAGCAUGAUGUCAGCAAAAAGUCCAAUUUAGAAGAACAGGGUUUGUUGGUAGCCCCAGAAGUAGUUCAGGAAAACUGCUUUGUGAUGUGGUCAUGUUACACUUAAAAGAGCAGAUACGGAGUGUUCCUAUGUCCAGACCUCCUAUAUCAGGUGGAGUUGGUAGCCAGGAGUGUUUGUCUACUGACUUUGGCUAAUGUACCAAUGGUUUAAAUGCCUGCUAAAGAAGGAUUGUGCAGGCCCUAAUACCUUCUUGACUGGACCACAGUAAUGUGCGGGCUUUGGGGCUGCAGCAACUUGACAGCUUGGAAACUUUACUUGGUUGGUUAGAUAUGUCAGCUGACAGAAGCUUAUAAUAAUUUGCUGGCGCUCUUCUGGCAAUAUUUUUUCCCCCAGACCAAAUUUAAGCCCAGAUAUCAAGCUGUAAUGCAGUUAAUAUCAUAAAUGGUUAAAUUUAAGGAAUAACCUUUGGAGGGAGUAUGUGACAUGUGUAGCCCCUCAUUUGGGUUUGAUGUAAGUUGUGGAAGAUGUAAGAUGUGAAAAAGCAUCAGUUCUGCUUUUAAAUGCAUUUUACAAAUUUCUAUUUUGAAUUACGGAGGGAGGGAGGAAACUCAAUAGGGGUGGGACCAUAAAUCAUUCCUGUAUUGUUGAAUUUUAAAGAUAUCAAACAGUGAAAAGUAGGUGAACCAUAACUAGUGUAAUUAUAUGGUUUGUAUGUACAAGCCAUGAGAGUGCAUUUUGAGAAUGGAGUUGUCUUAGCUUCCAGUUUGUAUUGUUUGUGCCGCUACUUGUUCAGCAUACAAAUCUCAAAAACAAGCUAUGUUAAAUAGUUUUCAGCUUUCUUAUUGGUUAGAGUGGAUUCUAAAUAAUUUUUUACUUAAAAUUUUCUUGGCAGAACACUCAGACCACCAUUAAGCUUUUCCAAGAAUGCUGUCCUCAUUCUUCUGACAGAGUGGUGCUAAUUGGUGGAAAGCCUGAUAGAGUUGUGGAAUGCAUCAAAAUAAUACUGGAUCUUAUAUCAGAGGUAAUUUAAUCUUUACAAUAAUUUGUUUUCAUACCCCCCACGCCUUUUUUGUGCAAAGAUAGUUGCAUUUUUUGCUUGAAAUAAGUUAUACAUGUAACUUCAAUAAUUGGUAGUCUUUUAAUAUAUGUGUUAAAUUAUAAUUGUGGGAAAUGUUCAGAAGACUAAAGUUGUUUUCCGUUUUUUAUUAGUCACCAAUCAAAGGACGUGCACAGCCUUAUGAUCCAAACUUUUAUGAUGAAACGUACGACUAUGGUGGAUUUACAAUGAUGUUUGAUGACAGAAGGGGGCGUCCUGUGGGAUUUCCAAUGCGUGGCAGAGGAGGCUUUGAUCGAAUGCCUCCAGGUCGUGGUCGUCCAAUGCCUCCACGAAGAGAUUAUGAUGACAUGAGCCCUCGCAGAGGACCUCCUCCCCCUCCUCCAGGCCGUGGUGGUAGAGGUGGCAGCAGAGCUCGCAAUCUUCCUCUUCCUCCACCUCCUCCUCCCAGAGGCGGGUACGUCAACAUUGUAAUGAUUCCGAGUGCUUUUAUAGAGCAGUAUUGAGCUAACAGCUGCUUAGAGUAAGGUUUGUGCUUGGGGGAGAACAUAGUAGUUAAUAAAUGGAACUGGAUUUUAUGUUUUAAGUGGGAGUGUGAUGGAUAGAUUUAUAAAACAUGAAUUUGUGACAUAAAAGUAAAAAAACCCUGAUUGCUUUAUCUUCACCAAAUCAAUUUGCUUAUUUAUGUAUUUGACAAUGUCUUUAUGUGAGACUUUAACUUGUAAACACUCUAAAUUAUAUCAUUUGCUUUCUUAAGGGACCUUAUGUCUUACGACCGAAGGGGCAGACCUGGUGAUCGCUACGAUGGAAUGGUAAGUUAUGUUCAAUAGGAGAACUCCAAAUACAGUUUUUCGGUAAUUGGGUAUCUUGAAAGCAUUGUUUUAUGUAUGACUUAGGAUAUCAAUGACCUUUUACAAUUUUACCUUUCACAGUUAACUUUCAGUUUUCUUUAAGAAAGUGUUCAUGAAUCUUGAGUAUUUGGAGACUUUAAUAGUAUUGUAGUCCAAGUUUUUCUCUUCACUGGCACUUGUGUACUUAGAACAGAGCUUUGAAACUGUCACGACAGGUUAAUGUGUUGGCUGCAGUCUGUAGGCUUUUCUGGGGCUGGAAAGGGGUUAGUUUAACCUCCAGUUUGCUAGUAAAACUGAAUUACUGUGUCACGAAAUGAUGCAUGUCUAAAAAGUGUGUGGCCAGCAUGAGAAGUCUGGAAAACUCUGACUUACAGGAUCUUAAUCUUCAGGGUUAGGAACAUGAUUCUAAUUGUGGGUCAUCUUUUUCAAAAUGAGUAACGGUUCUGAUGAGGAAGAAAUGUACUUUGACCAAGUUAUUUAGGUCAGAUUCAUGUAGGGCUGUAGUUCCAUAGUAUUUUAUGUUUGCAGUAUGAAAGGAAUAUAAAGUUAUAUUUUACUGCUACCAGUUACCUGGGAAAAAGACCCAUUGACUUCAGUAGGAUUAUAUCUAGGUGGGCAGGUAUAGAAUUGCACUGCAAGGCUCUUAGCGUAUACAAGAUUUCAGCCUAAUUUACUGUGUACAGAAUGCUUGCUUUCCUGCAUGCCUAAAUCAGAAUUUACACUUCCUUAGGAAUUACCAGAGGGGAAAUGAACUCAGUAACAGCCCAUAACACAAGUUCAUUGAGUGACUCAGAAGCAAAUGUAUUACAGUAUAAAUUUUAAUAUACGUAGUAAUAGAGUACAAAUUAAAUCAAACCCCAAACUGUAUUUUAACUUAAAACAUGUAAUAACUGUUUGAUACAUUGAACCAAGUCAGGCUUAUUUAUUUUAUGUUACUUUAUUUGGGGCGUUGUGAGAGAAUUUAUGUAGGUAAUUGAAAAAAUAAGAGCCUGUGAUAUAUAAAGCAGUAUCCAAUAUUGUGUGCGUACAGGGCCUGCCACUUACAUGAGGGUUCAGCUCCUGGUGUCCAUAUGCAAAGGCAAAACCACGUAAAGCCAGGAAACCCCCAGAACUACUCCCUCACCCACCCUGCACAAUCAUCCAAACUUGUACAGAGCAGCCCUGGCCUCUGCCUUGCUUACUGAGCUCUGGGAAGGCUGUGCAAGGUCCUGGCGGCAUCCCAUAACCCUUGAACAUCCUUCCCAGAGGCUGGUAAGCAGUGAGUUUUCCCUGCCCUCCUUUGAUUUCUUUUUUGACUGUCUGCCCAAGGUCACAAUUGUGUAAGUAAAUUAUGCAUAAGUGGUGGCCACUGCACACUUCUCACACAGUGGGAUUUUCCCUGCACCCCCCACCAAAUCUCUAGGGAUUCUCAACCUUUGUAACAGAAUGGGGUGGUCUGCAUGGGGAAGGUAUGGAAAAAGGAGCAUUCUCUGCAUCUGAUUGAAGUCAGUUCUGCUUGCAUAUGGACUUCACUCACGUUGCUUAAGAGCUGCACUUGGCUGCAGAAUAAUAUAAAUAGUGCAUAUGGAAAUUGCCUUAAAUUGUCACCUAUCCAGCUUGUUUUGCAUAUAUUCUAACAUGCAAACUGGUUUAUGCAGUCUGUAUCACAUAAAUUUACAGGCACAUAAGCUUUAUGAGUCUAUAAAGUCCCAAAUAACUUGUUUCAAAUGUAUUUUUUCUUUCUUCUCUUUGGCAAGAUGAUGCAAUGUCAUGUCAAUGCUUGCGAUGACAUAGAAACGCCAGAAAUGGUGAGUACACUAAUUAAAAAGCCUGCUUUGAUUGGUGUUCUUGAUGGUAGGAGAAAGGCAAUAAGGAAUUGGUUUUGCGCAUAAACUGCCAUUGCUAAAAGCUUCCAUUUGGGGGAUUGCUGGAUUUUAAGCAAGUAAUACUUUUAGCAACAACUUUCUCCUACAUCUUCUCCUAGAAGCUUGUAGUUGAAAUGGAUAUAUUUAGAUUAAACUCAAAUACUUGUAGAGGCAAAGGAAACAGUUGCCUUAAGUAUGGAUGAUGCAAAAUUUCCCACCUACUGCUUAAUUUGUACUGUGGAAUUCCUUCCCAUAUACUCUUUCAAUCCCAGAAAUGUAUAGUUAAGUAAUAUGGGAUGAAUGAAACAUUAAAAUACCUGAAGCAGUGAUUUGAGUUCCUUAUCUUAAUGUCUCCUGAAAUGUGUGUGCCUCUAAGUUGGCAAUUUAAGACCUGAAAGAUUCAAAAAUGUUUUUUUCUCUUAAUAUGUUGUGUGUUUGAUAGGCCUUAACUGAAAAUGUUCAAAAACUUUUAUAAACCUGUGUGCGCACACCAACAUGAAGAAUGUAUGCAUACCCAUGUGUAUGCAUAAGCUGCUUAAGCUGGGUGGGGACAGGGAGAGCUUGCCAGUGCACCAGGAAGGCAUUCCAUCACAUGUUAAAUUAGCGGAGCUGAAUUUGUAACAUACCAUAUUUUUUGCUCUAUAAGACUCACUUUUUCCCUCCUAAAAAGUAAGGGGAAAUGUGUGUGCAUCUUAUGGAGCGAAAAAUACAGUACCUAUGACUAGAACUGAGAAUGUUUUGAGUGUUGAUGGGAAUGUAAUUAACAUUACUGUCUACCUUUUUUGUACAAGGUUGUCAGAAUGUUAAAUAGGGUUCAGGGGUAAUAGACUAUUAUUGAGGGCUAUAUAGUUUAGUCAUUAUCUGGUAUUGGAAUAUAAACAUUUCCACUAGAAUUGUUAUCGCUGACUUUGCAUGAAUCAUGCUGCAUAAAAUACGCCUGGUCAGUUACUGAUUUGGUGUUCUGCAUUGGAAAGUACAGUGGUACCUCGGGUUACAAACACUUCCAGUUGCAGACUCCGCUAACCUCAGGUUAAGAACUUAAACUCAGGAUGAGAACAGAAAUCACGCAGCAGCGGGAGGCCCCAUGAGCUAAAGUGGUACCUCAGGUUAAGAACAGACCUCUGGAACAAAUUAAGUUCGUAACCAGAGGUACCACUGUAUUUUGAGAUUGUUGAGAUACCUAGAAUCAUUGGGGAAGGAGUUCCACAAUGCUGGUGCUUUGGUGGUGAAAAGCCCUUGUUCUCUUUUGAAAUCCAGAAAUGCACAGAUUUUACCUAUGGGUUUAUGGCAGAGGUCCAGUUAUAUAUAGGUGGAGCUAUAUAGAUAUAUAUAAAGGUAAAGGGACCCCUGACCAUUUGGUCCAGUCGUGACCGACUCUGGGGUUGCGGCACUCAUCUCGCUUUAUUGGCCGAGGGAGCCAGCGUACAGCUUCCGGGUCAUGUGGCCAGCAUGACUAAGCCGCUUCUGGUGAACCAGAGCAGCACACGGAAACGCCAUUUACCUUCCCGCCAGAGCGGUACCCAUUUAUCUACUUGCCCUUUUGCGUGCUUUCGAACUGCUAGGUUGGCAGGAGAUAGAUAGAUAUAGAUACAGAUAAAGAUAUCAGCUGUGUAGAAUACUUUUGUUAGCUUCCAUGUUACAUGAAACAAAAGCUGCUAAGACUUUUUCUUUUUGUUUCCUUUUUGCUAGUUCGAGGGUGGAUCAGGAUAUGGUAAGCUUUAAUGCAUGUGUACUAUAUACAAUUUACUGUUCAGUCAUUAAAAGAGCAAGAUGCAUACGUUUUAAAUCAGACUAUUCUUAUGCAGGGGGUCGUGGCUCUUACGGUGAUCUUGGUGGACCCAUAAUUACAACACAAGUAACAAUACCCAAAGAUGUAAGUAUAUUUCCUGUAGUUAAAAUAUUUUCAAAUAAACCUUGUGACAUAUGGUUUUUAAAUUUUUGUGCAGUAUGUUAGACUUACUGUUAUCUUCAGUGUUAUAUGUUAAGCUUGUAUUCUGCUUUGAAGGAAAUGGGUUAAAAAUUUCCUCCCCAACUUGUUAUUGAACAUACUAUCCAGGAGUGCUGCCUAAUAAAUUGUCGUAUUGUGUAAUGGUAUGUUUUUGUACUCUGGUAAUAACUUUGUAUGUUGUAAUAUUGCAAUUACUAGCUGUUGGUAAAAAAAAAACCUCACUUUUUUUCUAGCUGGCUGGUUCCAUUAUUGGAAAAGGAGGCCAGAGGAUCAAACAGAUACGCCAUGAAUCAGGAGCUUCAAUCAAAAUUGAUGAACCCUUAGAGGGCUCAGAAGAUCGGAUAAUAACUAUCACAGGCACACAGGACCAGAUUCAAAAUGCACAGUAUUUACUGCAAAACAGGCAAGUUGCAUAGAACUGCAGCUGUAAACUAAAUGUGUAAAUCAUUACUGAACUUUGUCUCUUGUAUGGUGUGCCUUUUUAAAGAAAGCUAUUUUUAAAACAAAACACCUUUAUGCUGGUAGUGUAUACUAACUUCUGCACUUCGUAGUAUGCCUUUCUCUUCUGUUUUCCAUUCUUACUCUAUGAAGACACCCUCAAAACUAAUCUUGCUGGAAGUGACCUUAACCAAGCAGUCCUCAUUUCUCUGGUGAAAACUGCUGCAAAAAACCUACUUGUAAUCUAUUACAUAGAGCCUGUAGAAAAUAUAGAAGAUUUCAGUGGAUGUUGGUCUAGUUCUGUGUGGAAGACUAGUGAUUUUGUUGUUUUUAGAUAACCAAAUCGACAACAAAUCGCAGUCUGCCAUAUGGCACAGACCAUGCCUCUACAGGACAAGUUGAAAACUAUUGGUGCUGUUAAUGCAGCAUUUCACACCUCACUGGCAUUGCUUCCUUUUCUGCCAUGUAUAACAGCUCUAGGUUGUACUUGCUUUAUUUCCUCUAACAUCAGCUGUCUAGUGAGCAUUUUGCAAUGUGUAACUUGUCUUUUUGAAAGUAGAUAGCUACUAAUUACAAACUGUAAAAUUUUAACCAGUAUGUAUUGUCUAAUAUUUAUAAUUGUGUAAAAUGUAUUUGCAAAUAUUGAUUCAAGUUGUUUGUUCAACCAUUCUAAUACAUGCCUUUUUUUUUCUUUUUCCUUAUAGUGUGAAGCAGUAUGCAGAUGUUGAAGGAUUCUAAUGCAAGAUAUUUUUUCUUUUUUAUAGUGUGAAGCAGUAUUCUGGAAAGUUUUUCUAAGACUAGUGAAGAACUGAAGGAGUCCUGCAUCUUUUUUUUUUCUUAAAUCUGCUUCUGUUUAAAAAGCCAACAUUCCUCUGCUUCAUAGGUGUUCUGCAUUUGAGGUGUAGUGAAUUUUUUUUGCUGUCACCAGAUGUAAUGUUUUUAGUUCUCUACAUAUAGGUGGGUGGGAGUGGGGUGGCUUGCAAAACUAACAUUGGUAUUUUGAAACAGCAGCAGAGAAGGUGGAUUUUAUUUUUGUUCUAUGUUGGUUGUAAACUGUAAUGUUUUUUCUGUCACUUGUGAACCAUCUGCUUUAUACCUUUUUUGUUUUGAAGAGGGAGAAGAGUACUGGUAGUUCACUUACCUAUCCCUGGCAUCCAUUCAAAGCAGUGUGCAGAAUGUAAUGCUCUUUUGUAAGAUGUUUUAUGAUUUUAAAAAUAAAUUUAGUGAACCAAUUCUUGCAGUCAUUUUUUUAAUGCAUACUUCUGUAGCUAAAAUACACUCUCUACACCAUUAAUUGAGCUUGGCUUUUUCCCUAUACCAGAGAAGCAGAACACCCAAUUUCAUUGUUUUGGCAAAUUGGGAGUAUUGAUAAUGCACUGACUCCAAAGUUUGAUGUGUGAAGAAACUGAAAAAUAUUGAAACAGUUUUACGUUCUUGUUACUCCAAAUGUAUGCCCCUAAUUAUUGUACUGCAACUUGUUGGUUUGAAUAAAAUUUCACAAAACUUGGUUUGUCAUGGAAUAGCAAUUAACUGUAGAGGCUGUUGGAAUUUUAGUCAUUUCUAGCAUUGGCAAUCUUGCCCAUAUCCAACUGUAACUUGUUUAAAAUGUUUCUAUUGUAUAAAAACUGAAUGACAAAACAAUUGUAUCUCACUGUUUAAGUUGCAUAGAAAAUGUGUGUGGAAUCAAAAGAACCUGGAUAUUUUCAUGUAAAAAUCUCAGCAUUUGUAUUAAUAGUUUACAAGUUUAUUUGUCUCGAAUAAACAUUGUAAUAACAUCCAGCUGCAUGUAACUUCGAGGUUUCAAUAUUUACUCUAGGUCUAAUUCUCUACAGACUUAAAAUAUUUUCCUCUUUGUGUUUCACAAUAAAUUAAAAGAUAAAUUGAAAUCUACCAUGCCCUUCUUUCUUAGCUCUGAAUGCUACACUGAGAAGCUAUAGAAGAACAUUUGCCAAAGAUUCCUUCAUUUGAGAUAACUUUAGCAUUUAAGGAAGAACAUCUUCAUGAGGGCUUUUUGCAAAACCUGAUCAUGUAAGUGCUACUUAUGUCAACGUUAAAAAAUGGCAUAUAAAGUUGCAAGUGGAGAGUAAGCGAUGCUGCAGUGGAGUGCUUUAGAGCAAAAAGAACAAUGUAGAUCUGGAUUGUCUGGCAGAUCUCUGAAUAUGAAGUGGAUCGGCAGUGAUACUUGAUACCCCAUUGGUGAAAUGAAGACUUGGAUUAAUCGAAAGUGGAUUUUCAGGAGUACAGAAGAGCUCCAUUCAGUUUUGGUACUCAAACGGAUAUUUUUGGACUAUUAAGUUUUAUGCCAUUUGCACUAAGCUCUGAUUAAUGGAACUUUAGGUUUUCACAGAAAAUGAAACAUCCUUGCAUUAGAGUGUAUUUUUAAUACCUCUGGUGAAAUUCACCUAAAACAAAAGACUGCCUUUAGCGCUGGGUGUUUGCAUUUCAUGGAGGGGGGAGGGGGGUCACAUCCUGCAUUAUGCAUCAGGAUUUGAGGCUGUUGUGUCCUAUUUCUGAACAUUGAGUAAAUGGGUCUUUAAUCGGAAGAUUUAGGCCCCAGUGUACAGUGGUACCUCGGUUCAUGAACUUAAUCCGUUCUGGAAGUCCAUUCUUAAACCGAAACCGUUCUUAAACCGAGGUGUGCAUUCCCUAAUGAGGCCUACCACCACUGGUGCCCUUCCACUGUUUGGAUUCUGCUCUUGGACAGAGAUAAAGUUCUCAAACCGGGACACUAGGGUUUUGCAGAGUUCGUUAACCGAAUCGUUCGUAAACAGGACUGUUCUUAAGCCAAGGUACCACUGUAUUUGCUGUAGCCUUUGGCUAUGUUGCCUUUUAAGUGUGAUUAAGAGAAAGAUGAUUUUUAACCAGGGGUGGUACUUUUUGUCAAGAUGCUUAUUUUGUCCUAGGAUGUUUUCUUGAUAACAGAGUUAUGUCCCAACAGGUAUGGAAGGGAUGCUGCAAGCAAAUAUUUUGCCUCUUCUAAACUUCCUUUAGGGGAAGGGUGGGCAGAAGGCAGAUGGGGUAUUUUUGCAGUACUGGAAUGGGUUGGUAGCCUUUUCCCCUCCUAAAUUGUGAAAGGGAGAAAUGUGAGAUCUAAUUCAACUACUGAAACCUGUUGAAAACAGUACCUCCCCACUCUCCUAUGUUCCUCUUCCUGAGUUCCAGCUGGUGACCUGGGUUCUAGUGAAAACUAACCUAGAUCUUAUGGGACUGAAGUCUGCUGACUCUUGCUCUAAGGAAAUACAUUGUAAAGGAAAUGAAAAUAUAGGAAUUUUGCAACCAUUAUAAUAAAGGACUCAGUUUGAUGGCAAGGUUAACAUUUCAUUAAAUGCAACUACAGUACUUAUAAAAAUAUAGUCAUUCGAUCAUUUGUCAGGUUAGGACUCCUUUCUACUAAGAAUUGAGUUCUUGCCCCUACAACCAGGCUUUUGAAAGGUUUGCAGAGUAGUGAUAGUUUUCUCAUGAAAGGAGG